AUGGCUUUGGAACUUGACUUAGACAAAUGGGAUCAGAAGGGGGAAAAAGUGGAUGAGAACUUACUGGCAAGACCCAAAGAUACAUCAAAUGUUGGAAACAGUUAUCAACAUGGAAUUAAAGCAGAAAAUACUGAAGAGACAAGAUGUGAUGUCGAAAGAGAUAAAUGCGAAGUACCCAAUCGCUCUCAAGACUCUGCUGGUAUUAAUGACACCAAUGAAGUAAAAGACCUAGAAGACCGGUAUCAAAUUGGAAUUAAAUCUGAAAGAGGUGGCAAAAAACUUGUUUACAGAAAACUGGUGUUACGAUUAACCAACCAGAAAAAAAAUCAGGUUUUGGCGAAAUCUACUAUGAUGGAAGACGAUUCGGCUAUAAUUCUACCUUUCCGAAAAGUGCCAUCGGACGAAGAAGAAAGAGGAUUAGAGACCGCUCAAUUUGAGGAAUGGAAUCGGUUAUGGCCAAUUAAUUUUCGUGAAGAUCCUAGGAGAGAUUCUAGAUUUUCUUCCAAAGAAAUAGAAUUGUUAAGAAAUCACAUGAUCAGAGCAAUUAAGUUAGCAGAUAUUGCAAGAUCUAAAGGAGAG